AUCAGGAGAAAAACAACUCACAACAUCGCCACGAUGCUGCCGGCUAGGACGUUGGUCGGGAUGUUGUUUCUGGUGGCCGCCGUGAGCUCGGCGGCCGUUCCCGCGGCCACCGCCGAGGAGGAGAAAUGCGACCUGCCAGAGGAGAUGGUGCGCGAGAUCAGGUCUUACGCGCCCGUGGCAGACAAGAUAAUCAGGUUCGUCACCGAGGGCAAGUUCAAAGGCAGGACCUGGAACAAGCUGGCCGGCUUUGUCGACAAGUUCGGCUCGCGGAUCGCCGGCUCGCAGAAUUUGGAGAACGCCAUCGACUUCAUGCUGAACGAGUUGCGGAAGGAGGGCCUCGACAACGUGCAUGGAGAGGAGGUCACCGUCCCACACUGGGUCAGGGGAAGGGAAUCUGCCAAGCUGCUGGAGCCACGCAUGCAGACCUUGCCGAUUUUGGGGCUGGGCGGAAGCAUUGCCACCCCCAAGGAGGGAAUCACGGCAGAGCUCUUGGUCGUGGACAGUUUCGACGAGCUUCAUCACCAUAAAGAGCAGGCCAAAGGAAAAAUCGUGGUUUUCAACGAAAACUACACAAGCUACGGCGAAUCUGUGCGGUACAGGGAUUACGCCGCCGUGGAGGCUGCGAAGCUCGGAGGGGUUGCCACCCUCGUCAGAUCGGUGACGGGCUUUUCGAUUGGAAGUCCUCACACAGGCUGGCAAGAUUACGACUCGAAUGUCACGCAGAUUCCUACCGCCAGCAUCACAAUUGAAGACGCCCAAAUGCUGUCCAGGAUGUUCAAGAGAGGUGAAAAGCUGAAAGUGCGGCUGUACAUGGAGGCGAAGACCCUGCCGCCGGCCAAGUCACGCAACACCGUCGCCGAGAUCAAGGGGAAAGAAAAGGCGGACGAGGUGGUCCUCGUUUCCGGCCACCUGGACAGUUGGGACGUCGGGCAGGGGGCCAUGGACGAUGGUGGCGGAGCCUUUGUGUCCUGGCUCAGCCUGGCGGCCAUCAGGAAGCUCGACCUCAGGCCCAGGAGGACGCUCAGGGCAGUUCUGUGGACGGCCGAGGAGGAAGGACUCGUCGGUGCCGCUUCCUAUGUUGAGAAGCACAAAUCACAGGAAGGCAAGCUCAACUUUGUGAUGGAGUCCGACGAAGGAACUUUCACGCCGCAGGGUCUCGUCUUCUCCGGCUCCAAGACAGCUGGCUGCAUUUUGAAGGAGGUGCUCAAACUCACAGCCAGCAUCAACACAACCAAUUUCCGAAAAGAGAAAAACGUCGGCUCAGACAUCACGUUGUGGACUUCAAAAGGGUUGCCCGGCGCCAGUCUAAUGAACGCGGCCGAAAAAUACUUUUGGUUCCACCACUCGGCAGGGGACAUGAUGACAGUCGAGGAACCACGUGCCCUGGAUUUGUGCACCGCCCUCUGGGCCGUUUCCUCCUAUGUCGUGGCCGAUUUGAGCUUCGGCAUCCCAAGAAAUUAGAUUUCUGUUGAUCUAUUUUUGUUAUUGAUUUAAAAAACAGGUCUAAUUCAAAUAAAAUUAUUUAACUCAA